AUGCGUGCGCGCCCGCUGGCGUACGCACUGCGCGAGCCGGUGGAGCGCGCGCUGCAGCAACACGUGCGCGACGGCAUCCUCACACCCGUCGAGCGCUCCGACUGGGCGACCCCGAUUGUGCCCAUCGUAAAGAAAGAUGGUAGUAUUAGGAUUUGUGCCGACUACAAGAUUACGCUAAAUAAAGUGCUGGAAAUUGACCGUUACCCGUUGCCUAAGGUUGAGGAUUUGCUAGUGCGACUACAUGGAGGACAGCGGUUCAGUAAAUUAGAUCUGUCGCAGGCCUACGCCCAAUUCGUUUUGGAUGAUUCAAAAAAAUACACGGUGAUAAACACUCAUAGAGGCUUGUUCAUGUAUAACCGUUUAGUCUACGGUUUGGCGUCUAGUCCGGGAAUAUUCCAACGUCGUUUAGAAGAGCUCUUCGCCGAUUUGCCUCGGGUGGGGGUGUUCCUGGAUGAUGUUAUUAUAACAGGAGAAACUAAGCGGGAACACAUGGAAAACCUCCAUAAGGUGUUCGACCGUUUGGAAAAAUAUGGAUUACGAGUAAAAAAAGAGAAAUGUGAAUUCUUUGCAAAAUCAAUACACUAUCUGGGGCAUAUUAUUAGCGAAAAAGGAGUCCAUACUUGUCCAAACAAAGUAAAGGCCAUACUCGAUACAAGGGCACCUUCGAAUGUUUCAGAAUUGAGAUCCUUCAUAGGUAUGGUUAUGUACUAUUCCAAGUUUAUAAAAAAUAUAAGUACCUUGUUAGCACCGCUUUAUAGAUUAUUAAAAUCAGGCGAAAAAUUUGUCUGGAGCAGGGAAUGUCAGGAUGUUUUUGGUAAAGUAAAGGAACGGUUAACGAGCGCCGAAGUGCUGGCGCAUUACUCGACGGAGCUGCCGCUGGUCGUGACGGCAGACGCCAGCAGCGUGGGCGUGGGCGCCGUGCUGGCGCACGAGACGACGGCCGGGGAGCGGCCCGUGGCGUACGCUUCGCGCUCGCUCACCGAUGCUGAACGACACUACUCGCAGAUUGACAAGGAAGCCUUAGCGAUUGUCUUCGCCAUACGGAAGUUUCAUCAAUACUUAUAUGGUAGAAAGUUUGUUUUGAGAACGGAUCACAAACCUUUGACACAUAUAUUAGGUGAUAAGGUGGGCAUCCCUAUUAUGGCAGCGUCCCGCUUACAGAGAUGGGCAGUACUUCUGUCAGGUUAUAAUUAUACUAUUGAGUAUGUGGCGUCGAGUAAAAAUUGUGCCGACGCUUUAUCCCGACUUACGAUAUGUACCAAUAAGUCAAACCCGGGCACGGAAAUAACAUAUAGUAAUUUUGUGGAAACAUUUUUGCCGGUAACUAACAGUGAAGUAAGAAAAAUGUUGAGUAAGGAUCCAAUUCUUAGUAGAAUUAAAUAUUAUGUAGAAUCUGGGUGGCCUUUGACGUGCAGUGAUGAGAAGUUAAAACCAUUUUUUAUUAGGAAAAAUGAGCUGUAUAUUGAAGGGGGCUGUCUUAUGUGGGGAUACAGAAUGGUGAUUCCCGAAUCGUUGAGAAAGCUGGUUUUAAAACAACUACACAGCAGUCACAUGGGCAUCAUUAAGACUAAGUCUUGGGCUCGUAGUUAUGUGUGGUGGCCGGGCAUCGAUCAGGACGUGGAGGGGCAGUGCCGCGCAUGCGACACCUGCGCGCAAGAAGCCGAUGCGCCGCCGCGAGCGUCGCCGACGCCUUGGCCUUACCACCUACAGCCCUGGUCGCGCUUACAUAUUGAUUUUCUCGGCCCAAUACGAGGUUUAACAUUUAUGGUUAUGGUAGACUCGACAUCUAAAUGGUUAGAGAUAUUUGAAAUGAAAUCGACGAAUGCGACGUCCGUCAUAAAGGUACUUCGUACGACUUUUGCAAGGUUUGGCUUACCGAUGGAAGUCGUUUCUGAUCAAGGGCCGCCAUUUAGCAGUAGUGAAUUUAAUAGUUUUCUAGUGAAUAAUGGGAUCACUCAAAGCUAUUCACCGGUCUAUCACCCAGCAUCAAACGGUGCCGCCGAAAAUGCCGUUAAACAGUGUAAACGAGCUAUUAAGAAGGCUUUUAGGGAUAAAGUUGAUGUGGACACCGCCUUGCAAACAUUUCUAUUAAUGUAUAGGAACACUAUUCAUAGUACUACUGGGGAAACACCAGCAAUUUUACUUCAAAAACGUAAAUUGCGGACACGAUUGGAUUUAAUACGAAACGAUGUGGGCUUGAAACAAAAGGUGCUUACGGUUCAAGAUAAGCAGGUCAAAAAUGCAGGUGGAGUGGAGCGAGAAUUUUCUCCAGGUGAUACAGUUUGGUUUAGAAGAUAUGGUGGUAACGAAAAGUGGGUAAAAGGUACAAUAAUCGAUAAGGAAGGUUCCAGGAGGUUGAUUGUAGAUAACGGUAACGGGCAAUUUCAAAAACGGCAUAUUGAUCAGGUGCGACGACGUACACGAUGGUCGUUGUCAAGCGGCACAGGUUCUAAUGUCCCCUCUAAACGCAGUGCCGUGUCGGCAACGAUCGCGGGCGGGGAUGAGGAGGCCGUGGUGCGGGGGUGUGCGGUGGUGGAUGAGAGUACUACAGAUUCUAGUAUACCAGUAGUAUCAGGAACUAAACAGUCCUGUAGCCCAGCUACAGUCAAUUCAAACAAUAGUUCUGAAUCCAGUAACGCUCGUACACCACAGUCACAGCAACUCCAGCUGCGUCCUAAGCGCACACAAAGACCAGUUUUAAGAUAUGGUUUCGAACCUGACUAA